AGUUCCGGCAUCGAUCUGCUGUGAACCCAAGGAGGAGUAAAGGCGGAUGUUAUUAACGUGUUGGAGUUCAUAAUCACGGACAUCUGUGCUGGCUUCAGCCUUUAUUACAGGGGCGGCGGUGCGAUGGGUUUAACUCCGCCGCCGUGACUCAUGCUUUGCCGGCAGAGGCUGCGCGGCUCCGGGCGGCGCCUCUCCGGCUCGGUUUUCGCACCGAUCGCCGUGGAAGGACAAAAGCUGGUUCAGACUCGCCUGAGGUGGAUCGCGACGGCCAAGAACGAUGAGUGAGGAGGAGGGGAACUUUUACAGCGUCCAAGUGGGGGACUCCACCUUCACGGUGCUGAAGCGCUACCAGCAGCUCAGGCCCAUCGGAUCCGGGGCGCAGGGCAUCGUCUGCUCAGCACUGGACUCGGUACUGGGCAUCCCCGUGGCGGUGAAGAAGCUGAGCCGGCCCUUUCAGAACCAGACCCACGCCAAGCGGGCCUACAGGGAACUCGUGCUGCUUAAAUGCGUCAACCACAAAAACAUCAUUAGGCUGCUCAAUGUCUUCACCCCGCAGAAGUCACUGGAGGACUUCCAGGACCUGUACCUCGUCAUGGAGCUUAUGGAUGCCAGUUUGUGUCAGGUGAUCCACAUGGACCUGGACCACGAGAGGAUGUCCUACCUCCUGUACCAGAUCCUCUGUGGGAUCCGACACCUCCAUUCCGCAGGCAUCAUCCACAGGGACCUCAAGCCCAGCAACAUCGUGGUAAAGUCUGACUGCACUUUGAAGAUCCUGGACUUCGGCCUGGCCAGAACAGCGUGCACCAACUUCAUGAUGACCCCCUAUGUGGUGACGAGGUACUACAGGGCCCCCGAGGUCAUCCUUGGCAUGAGGUACAAGGAGAACGUGGACAUCUGGUCUGUGGGAUGCAUCAUGGGCGAGAUGGUGAAGGGCAACGUUAUUUUCCAGGGAACAGAUCACAUCGACCAGUGGAAUAAAGUCAUCGAGGUCUUGGGCACGCCCUCGCUGGAGUUUAUGAACCGUCUCAUGGAGACUGUGAGGAACUACGUGAUGAACAAGCCUCAGUACCCUGGUAUCAGCUUCUCAGAGCUCUUCCCCGACUGGGCCUUCCCCUCGGAGUCGGAGGACGACCGGCUGAAGACUACUCAGGCCCGGGACCUGCUGUCCAAGAUGCUGGUGAUUGAUCCUGAGAGGCGAAUCUCUGUGCAGGAAGCCCUGAACCACCCCUACAUUCACAUGUGGUAUGACCUGGCUGAGGCUGACGCGCCCCCACCUCAGAUCUCAGACAAGCAGCUAGAAGAGAGAGAGCACAGCAUCGAGCAGUGGAAAGAGCUGAUCUAUAAAGAAGUGAUGGAUUGGCAGGAGAGGAGCAAGAAUGGAGUAGCGAAGGAGGAGUUGGACUCAGCGGUGAGCAGCAGCGCCACGCCGUCCCAGUCAUCAUCCAUCAAUGACAUCUCGUCCAUGUCCACGGAGCAGACGGUGGCGUCGGACACAGAGAGCAGCGGCAUCGACGUGCUGACGGAGGAGAGCCAAUGAACGGCUUCCCCUCAUCGCGCUGCUCCUCCUCAUCUGUCUGUCGCACCUUCUGUAUACAAGCUCACUGUGUGUAGCACACUUCAAGGUCCCACCUGAACAACAGGCACCUUUCAUUUUGGUCCUAUGUUUUAUAUUUCGGAUGAUGUCUUUGGGUCAGACUGUGUUCAUGCAUCGUACCACGUCACUGUUUGGUCGGGUUUUGACUUGUCUGACCCGACGACUGGUGCUGGAACAGCCUUGCAGUCGCCUGACUGUUGUAGAGUGAAUUGAUUUUUAGUAUGAGGGGAAUUACAUUUGCAUAUUUCUAUUUUAAAUGCAUAUUUUCUUACUUUUUAACCAAACCCUUAAUUUAACUUUUUUAUGUAAUGGGGGUACGUGAAGCAGUUCCAGUCCUGAUAGUCAGUGGCCAGAAUCUGCUUUUUAGCUUAUGAAUCUUCGUGAGAAGGCAGGGAAAACUGUCCGUUUGCUUUAGUCAUCAUUUAUACUUCGGCAAAUACCCAGGCACCCCUCUGACCUGUUUCACCCGAGCCAAUCAAAGCGGAUUACAAAAGAAUACUUAAAGACAAGGUAUAAAUGGAACUGAUAUGUGCAGCAUGCAUCUAGCUAUUUUUCAGUAGCUAUUGCCACCUCUGUGAUUAAUGCUACUCGUAUGCUAAUGUAUGUGGUUAUCCCGAUUGGAUCGCUGCCCCUCCGUCUCGUCAAUCAAAUCUGUUUGAUCGGCAGAAUAUUGUUUGAGGUUCCCGCACGUUAUCCGUAGCCAAGAGACAGCAGUUGUUUUAGCCCCUUCCGGAAGGUCCUUAGCCCCCGUCACUCCAGGAACGGGCUGAUCCUGCUCGCGUGUGGCUUUCGGUAAGAGCGUCAGCUAAAUAAACAAAUGUAAAUGGAUUCCAGUUGGCCUACAGAACUCAAUCCUGUGUGUCAUACAAUGGAAGACGGCGUGAGAUGAAAGUGUCGGAGUUGCCCCGUAUCAGCGCAGGGGUGCGUGAUAUCGCGUCGUGAUGUAAUCAUGAUUAUAUGGCACAUGUGCAUUGAUCAACUGGGCUUCGGCUUGACAGGCCUAAACAUUUGUCCGGUUGCUGGACUGUACAGACGUUUACAUACGACAAAAAUUUGGUAAGUAGAUUAAUAGUACGCCUUAUGUUUAUUAAACUUAAUUUGUGGAGCGCACUGUUUUGGUAAAUCAUGGAAGCGAUAAGCACUGAAGUGGUGGUGAAGAAAGGAGCAGCUCAGCAGCUAUAAAGUAGAAAAAAAAAAAGAUAUUGAGGAUAAACACGGCAAAAAGACGUCAGUGGUGUGGCGGUACUUUUAGUAUCUUAAUAUCCGACAUGUUUAUUAAACAUAAGGAUACGCUGAAUUUACACAGAUAACUAAUAUUUUAGGCGCACUACUAGUCUGUUUAGCACAUCGUGGGCGUAAGUAAACAUCCGUAUAGUGCCGAAAAGCCAGCAUCUGAAGCCCAGGUGAUUAUAAUCGCAUAAUGGCAACGUGACGUCGCGCUGGCCCGUAUCAGUGGUUUGAAAUGGGACUUUGGCUUGAGAGGUUUAUUCUUUUAUAUGCGCAUCAUCUUAACGCGACUUUAGCCUUUGACAUUUGCGCUAAAGGUCUCCAUGAGUGGUAUUUAUAUCUUGUACUGUCAAUAAAACGAUGUAUUAGUAGCCCAGCAUACAACAGUUAAUAAAUGUAAGUGUAUAAAAUUUCGUAAGGGCCCAGAAUUUUGCAGCUUACUAUUUUCUGCUAUAUUUGUUGUAUUAAUAAUCACUAAUACAGACCAAUAUGAAAUGCUACACUGCUGUUAGACUACUGCUACUUACUAAGAUGCUAACAGUGAUAAUUGUGGACAAUCGUGAUAAUUAUCCAUACGGUUGUUUUCGUUAUUUCCAACAAUGAAGAGUUAAGCGAGGCAGGUCAUUUAAAAGUUGCUUCUUCUUAUAUCAGUGUCUGAUGCUGGUCCUCUGGGUACCUGCAGUGCGGAAGUAUUACGCGGAAAGCAUUUAAUGGAUCCCGAAGGUCAUACAGAUGCAAACAGUGGGAUACUCGUUUGAUAAUCUUUGUUUCACGGUACGGGGAAGUUGUUUUCUAUAUUGAUUUUUUUUUUUAGAUGGAUGAAUACUUUUCAAGUAGCACUUUCAUGUUUUUAACUGUAAGUAACUACAAAGAGCUGUUGGGUGUUUAAUCCAUUUCACACUAAAGGUGAUGAUAAACAGGAUGAUCGAUCAAAGUUUUUCAGGUAGUAGAAAUUUGUUGGCCAAUAUCAAUAGGAAACUGCCUUUUAUCAUCAUCACCUUAACAUCUAUUCUGCUCUAAGUACAUUUUACAUACUGCAGACCAAUAUGAUGACCGGGGGUGAGACUUGUUGCUUGUUGAAGUCCUUUCGGGAGGGUGUUGGGUCUGUCAGCCUCCUGGAUGAGAUGGUUCUCUUCCGUUACUCAUCCUUGGCAUGUGAUGGGACCGUGGCUUAGGUCCACUGGGUGCACCGUGAGCUCUGGUGACCUGGAUGUCGAUGAGCACCUGAGGAUUCCUGACCGAAUGUCUGCUAGCCGAGACUCCAGGACACUUUAUCUGACUGCCUGAGAUUCACAGCUUCAUUCACCAAGUGCUUCAUUUUAUAAUUACUCACUCUCCCCUUUUUGAUUAUUUUUUUUUUGAACGAUCUGUAAAUAGAAAGUUUUUUUAUCUUUUAAAUAAGUGGUUCCUUUGUCAUUAUUUGUAUUGUGUCUCGCUGUUUCUGACUAGAGCAGUGUUUCUCAACCCUGUCCAUUGGGACCCAGAGACGGUGCACAUUUUUGCUUCCUCCUCAGGUCCCUGCCAAGUAGUCCACAUUUUUGCUCCCUACCAGGAACAUUGGGAAACGCUGCUCUAGAGUAUAUUUAUGUUGUCCAGUUAUCUGUUGGAGACAGAAGACCAGAUUAUGACAUGCAGGCCAGAUCACAGGAAGACCUUAACCUAAAGUACAGGUUCUAGAUGCUCCGAGAACGUCACCAUGUCUCAGUACCUGCAACUCAACAUGUGUGAGCAGAGCUGUAUUUAAGGGAAUCUGCAUCCAUCUGAAUAUUACAUCAUCUGCUGUAAUGUGUGUGUGUGUGUGUGUGUGUGUGUGGGUGGGGGGGGGUCAUGGAUUGCUGAUCCAGAGGUCUCACAGAUUUCUCUGCAUGCUGUAACGAUCCAGAUCUGCAUACUAUUAACCAAUCACUUUAAUCUUAGAUAAGGCAUUUGACACAGACAUCCUCCUCGUUUCCCUGGUUCAUGUUACUCUCAUAGCUUUCCCGACUUCAGCAGCUGGUGCUUAAGGUCUCUUCCAAACACUCACUCGAAAACAUUCCAAAGGAAAUAGAUCCUACCCUUUUGAACUUCAUAUCCGCAGUCGUUCCUCAGAGGAAUGACCCCCACCUCCUCACUCCCACGUUAAUAUUUUUUUCAGGGUACGACAGGCAGCAGAAUUUCCAGAAAUGUUUUACUCAGCGCAGCUCCUCUGUGUGCCAGUAAUCAGAGGGAAGAACCACUUUUAUGUUAUUCAUUUGAGAUAAAAUCCUGAGGAAGCAGUUCCUUCUAGAGCGGUUCUCGCACGCCUUUUUCCCACAGGUUAUUUUCAGUUGUUAUUAUUUUUUGCUUGUUCCUGGCAUGUUGUCGCCCAACACUGUCGACCCGACAGAUAGUUCAGGGACCGGGACACUAUUUCUCAUUCGGUUUGUCGACCUGUCAUAUUGAUAUACGUGAACGAAAGUGAUAAUCAACUACAGUGAAGCGAAAAACAAAACAAAACGUGCACAGGAAUGUUGGGUUAAACAAAACUGCUAAAUAAAGAUUUUUCAAAAAAGUGA